UCGAGGCUGUAGGUCAAUCCGUGCGCGUGCUUUUAUUGGAUCUGCUGCUGUCACACAUUCGCGCCGCUGAUGUUCUCAACGCGCGUUAUUCCUCGUCAGGAAACUCGCGACGCGCAAACGCCUUUCUUUCCGUGUUCUUGCAGCCGCGCGUCGCUUUCUUUCGUCCGUCUGAGGCAGAACCGUAGGCCCGUGAUUGACAGCUGCUGUUGAAGGCAGGUUCCGCGAGGUCCGCGUUGACGCGCCGCGCCGGAGUUUCAUCAACGGCCCGUUUGAUGUCAUAAAUGCCGGAUCGCGCGUUCCGCGGCGGAUUUCAGCCUGUUGAUGGGGAGCGCGAUCAACGCGCCGGCUCCUGAGGCCGCACGGACACACAUCGGGUGUGUUUGACGCCUGUCGAAGGAGAAUAAACGCUCAAACGCGCCGCACUAAUGGACGAAUCCGUCGCGUAAAUCGAGCCGGAGAAAGACGCCGAGGAUGAGGAGUAACGGGCGCGCGUGAGGACAAACAUGAGCAGACUUUCUGUUUGAUCAUCGAUAGAUCUGAUCGAUCCGGUCGUCUUGAUGAUCUGAGAGAGAAUCGUUCCUUUUAGCGAGAGGAGCGUCGCGUCGCGCCGCGUCGCGCGGGUGAAUGAUGGGCUGCGCCUCCAGCAUCCACAUCUCCGAUCGCGUUUAUCACAGCGGGAAAGAGUCCGAGGAUUCGCAGAACUGCGGACACACCAGACCCAGCGCCCGCCAGAGCCCGUUGACGGAGGUGCAGUUCGGACCAAUGAAGCUCUAUGAAGAUCAACUGCAGGUACUGUUAGUGUUUGCCAAAGACGACGCUCAGAGCGGCAGCUUCACCUGGGCCUGUGAGCGGGCUGGGUUCAGGUGUAAUGUGGCCCGAACACCCGAAGCGGCGCUGGAGAGUUUCCAGGAGAAGAACCACGACCUGAUCCUCAUCGAUCACAGGCAUGCCAGGUGUUUCGACGCCGAGGCGCUCUGCCGCUCAAUACGAGCCGUCAGCUGCUCUCACCACACUGUGAUCGUGGCUGUAGUGAAAAGGCCGGAUCGUGAAGAAGCCACUGUGAUGCCGCUGAUAUCAGCAGGAUUUAACAGGCGAUACGUGGAGAACUCCAACAUGAUGGCCUGUUAUAACGAACUCCUGCAGCUCCACCAUGGAGAAGUACGAGCUCAGAUCAAACUCCGAGCCUGUAACGCUGUUUUUACUGCACUGGAACAGAGUCAGGAAGCCAUUGAGAUCAGCAAUGAAGAUCAGAUCAUACAGUACGUCAACCCAGCGUACGAGUGCAUCAUGGGAUACCAGCGCGGAGAACUGCUGAAGGAAAACACUGAAGUGCCUAAGAGUGAGAAAAACAAACCAGACCUGCUGGACAACAUCAGCUCCUGCAUCCACAGAGGGAAAGAGUGGCAGGGGGUUUAUUAUGCCAAAAAGAAGAACGGAGACAGUGUGCAACAGAAUGUGAAGAUGACACCUGUCGUUGGACAGGGAGGUAAAGUCAGGCACUGUGUGUCUGUUAACAGGCCUUUAAAUGACCAUAACAAGACAGAAAAGCCCUGUGAGCGAGUCCAGGCCGAAUCACAGACAGAUAUUCAGCAGUUCAGCAAACACAAGGACCGCAGGAAAGGAUCCCUGGACGUUCGCUCGACGACCUCUAGAGGAAGUGAUGCAGGAAGUUCCCAGAGGAGACACUCGUCUAUGGCCAGAAUUCACUCCAUGACUAUUGAAGCUCCCAUCACUAAGGUGAUAAACAUCAUCAAUGCGGCUCAGGAGAGCAGUCCGAUGCCGGUGGCCGAAGCGCUGGACCGAGUGCUGGAGAUCCUGAGGACCACAGAGUUAUACUCUCCUCAGCUCGGCACUAACGAGGAAGACCCGCACACUAACGACCUGGUGGGCGGAUUAAUGACCGACGGAAUGCGCAGGUUAUCAGGGAACGAGUACAUCUUCACCUCUAAACAGCUGCAUCACAUCCCGAGUCACCUGACCACACCACUGUCCCUCAACGAUAUCCCACCAUGCAUUGCUCAGACGAUGGAAAACGAAGACUCGUGGGACUUUGAUAUUUUCAGCCUGGAGUCGGCCACCGUGAAGCGGCCUCUGCUGUUCCUGGGGUUGAAGAUCUUCUCUCGGUUCGGUGUGUGUGAGUUCCUCAACUGUCCCGAGGCGACGCUGCGCUCGUGGCUUCAGAUCCUCGAGGCCAAUUAUCACUCCAGCAACUCGUACCACAACUCCUCUCACGCCGCGGAUGUGCUGCACGCCACAGCUUACUUCCUGUGCAAGGAGCGCGUCAAGCUAAGUCUGGACCCCAUAGACGAGGUGGCGGCCCUGAUCGCUGCUGCUGUUCAUGAUGUGGACCAUCCGGGCCGCACAAACUCCUUCCUGUGUAACGCAGGAAGUGAUCUCGCCAUCCUGUACAACGACACCGCAGUGCUAGAGUCGCAUCACGCGGCGCUAGCGUUCCAGAUCACCACACGAGACGACAAGUGCAACAUCUUCAAGAACAUGGAGAGGAACGAGUACCGCACGCUCCGCCAGGCCGUCAUCGACAUGGUUCUCGCCACUGAAAUGACCAAACACUUCGAGCACGUCAACAAGUUCGUCAACAGCAUCAACAAACCGCUGGCGGCACUGGAGGAGAACGAGGGCAGCGGAGACGAGGACUCUGUGAAGAACAUCCUCACGGCUCCAGAGAACCGGAUGCUGGUGAAGCGGAUGUUGAUCAAGUGUGCCGACAUCUCGAACCCGUGCCGCCCGCUGGAGCUGUGUGUGGAGUGGGCCGGACGCAUCUCAGAGGAGUACUUUGCUCAGACGGAUGAGGAGAAGCAGCAGGGUUUGCCGGUGGUGAUGCCCGUGUUCGAUCGCAACACCUGCAGUAUUCCUAAAUCCCAGAUCUCCUUCAUCGAUUACUUCAUCACGGACAUGUUCGACGCCUGGGACGCGUUUGCCGAUCUGCCCAAUCUAAUGCAGCAUCUGGACAACAACUUCAAAUACUGGAAGGGUUUGGAUGAGCAGAAGCUGCGGAGCCUGAGGCCGCCGGAGUGACGGGCGAGACGCGGGCGGGACACGGCUCCUCCGGCUCGGCACUCUACUCACGUUUUAUCAUCAAUAACUAAUGAUGAGAAUCAUGUUCGCUAAU